CAGAUCUGGAAGUAGCAAUGAUGACAAGUUCUUCAUUUCUUACCCUCUUCUUCAUUCUAAUUAUCUUUACCAUAAAAUUGAAGGUUGCCAUUGCUGGUGGUGCUGUUAACGACACAAAUGGCAAAGCUUUGGAUAUUGCAAGCGAGUACUCCAUCCUGACGCCUGAAAUUAAUGGUGGCGGAGUUACGGUUGCUAGCAAUGUGGUGAAAAACCAACUUGUUGUUGUUCUAUCUAUCAAACCCUUGCCAGUAAAUUUUUCAGAUUCCGAAGGAACAAAGGUCAUCCUUACAAAUGAAAACAUAAAGAUCGAGUUUGCUAGUAUACCGAAAUAUAAUGGUUCUUCUUCUUGGAUCGUUGUCAAUGAUGAAUCGGCCAAAGUUUGGUAUGUAGCUGUUGGCAGUGCUAAAAAUUAUCCGAAUAAUCAGAUUCAGACCGGGACUUUUAAAAUUAAGCCCCAUAGUUUUGGCUACAAGCUUUUCUUUUGUAGUGAUGUAAGUAACUCAUUUUGCAAAGAGGUUGGGAUAUAUACAGAUAAGCAUGGAAAUGAUCGUCUAGCUCUCAAUGGAACAAUAUUGUUAAUUAAGUUCCAAAAGAAAUUGUAACCAAAAAAGUUCCAAAAGAAAUUAAUAUAAAUAAAUGAGUAUUAUCUUUUGUUAU